AUGGCGAGCCGAGAGCAUCUCUCAAUCGAACAGAAGAUCCAGGAGAAGACACAUCACCAUGAACAUAUCGAGGAACCGUCCCGACACGCGGUGCGAGGGAGUCUGCGUGCCGACAGCGUGACACGCACCUCGUUUGACCGCCGCCACUCGGCUUCCAUGCCGGGCACUGGGAGUCGCCGUGAAAGCAUUCGUAAGAGCUUCGACAGGGCCAACAUCGCAAUGGUCUUCCCAGAUUCGACCCACGUCGAGAUGUCCGACGAUGACAUGGGCAAGAACUCGAUCGACGACAUCUCCCCAUCCUGGUUCGUCUGGCUGGUCGCCCUGACCGCCUCGAUCGCGGGCUCGCUCUUCGGCUACGACACCGGCAUCAUCUCCGCCGUGCUGGUCUAUCUCAACGACGACCUGGACCAUCGCCCAGUCUCGUCCAACGAGAAGGAGCUCAUCACCUCCCUCUGCUCGGGAGGUGCUUUCAUCGGUGCUAUCAUCGCCGGUCUGACUGCGGACAAGUUUGGUCGCAAAAUGGCAAUCUACGUUGGCUGUGCUCUCUUCACCAUUGGCGCGAUUCUGCAAGCUGCCGCAUACUCGAUUGCUCAAAUGUCCGUCGGAAGACUCGUUGUUGGAUUUGGUGUCGGUUCGGCUGCCAUGGUGGUCCCCCUUUACAUUGCCGAGAUCGCUCCCACCAAAGUCCGUGGAAGGCUCAUCGGACUGAACAACAUGUCCAUCACCGGCGGACAGGUAGUAUCGUACGGGAUUGGAGCCGCCUUCGCUCACGUGUCCCACGGAUGGCGAUACAUGGUCGGCUUGGGGGCUGUCCCUGCCAUCCUGCUCGCGUGUCUUUUGCCGUUCUGCCCAGAAUCACCCCGUCAACUCGUCUACCGCGGCAGAAUCCCCGAAGCGGAGGCGGUCCUGGCAAAGAUCUACAAGGGAGCCACCGCCGAACAAGUGCGAGCCAAAUGCGCCCUGAUUGCAGCCGCCUGCGAGGAAGCCAAAGAACUCAACGAAGACCAAUCCCGCUGGGGCAAGAUCAAGCAACUGCACACCAACCCUGCCUACUUCCGCUCCUUGGUCUGCGCCUGCGGCUUGAUGGUCAUCUCGCAAAUGUCCGGUUUCAACGUCCUCAUGUACUACUCCUCCACGCUGUUUGAUAUUGUGGGUUUCUCGAACCCCGUCGCCGUUGGUCUCGUUGUCGCCGGCACAAACUUCGUCAUGACCUGGGUCAACAUGAUGCUUGUCGACCCGAUCGGCCGUCGGCGACUGCUGAUUGCCACCGUCUGGGGCAUGAGCGCGGGUCUCGUGGCCGUCGCUAUUGCAUUCAGCUUCAUCCCCAUUGACACCAAGACAUUGGCCAUUGAGACGACAAAGGUGACCACGCCGGCUAUCGUGGUGCUCAUCUUCAUCAUCUGGUUCGUCUUCUUCUACGGCGUCAGCGUUGGCAACACUGCUUGGAUGUCGACCGACUUCUUCCCCAUGGAAGUCCGCGCCAUGGGGACCAUGUGGCUCACCUGCUCGUGCUGGGGCUCCAACAUCAUCGUCUCAUCGACCUUCCUGUCCAUGAUGAAGGGCCUCACCCCGACCGGCGCGUUCGGCUUCUACGCCGGCAUCUGCGGCGUCGGCUGGCUCCUGAUCAUCUUCUUCUACCCAGAGGUGUCGGGCCUGACCUUGGAGGAGAUUGGCGAGGUGUUCGAGCACGGCUUCGGUGUGCGCUACGCGAGCAAGCUGAGGAAGGAGAGGAAGGCGGAGAUCAAGCAGCGGAUGAAGGAGCGUGGGCGGACCAUCGCCGUGGGACACUAGAUCGCUUGCUGCGUAAAUGGGAGGAGAGACGGCGGGCAAGGGAUAUCUGUUGGGACGUUUGCCCACUUUCUCGCGCGGUCUACGGCGCAACUACCUGGUCUGGUUGUGCUGCCAGAUACAGCUUCGCUGGGCUUUCAUUGGUUGGCCGACUGGCUGGCUGGCUGGCUGGCUGGGUUAUCCGG